CAGAACGAGGCUGGCAGCAGUGCUUUGGGAAACCCAGUUUUCCAAAAAGAAAGUUUGCCUAGACUCUUCGUGCCGAACUGAGGACUUCACAGAAUAGAUUCGCAAACUGUGGUGUUAUUUAUCGUUUUUACUAUUGCCUAUUGGGGAAAUUAGUAAACGUUCAGACUUUUAGGAGAUAGAUAGGACGUUGGAAAGUGAUCGCUCAAUUUUCUACACAGGAAGCGCUUUCAACAGGUCUAGUGAACAGAGCGCGGACGACUCAGAAGCUCAGAACAUGGAGCUGAACAGAGGAGAAGUGCCUCUAUAUGGCCAGGUGGAAGUCUGUUGUGUUCUGCAGGUUCCAGAUCUAGAACCAGAACAGACAGAGUUCUAUGUGGUUUUAGAAGGUUCCAGACUAGCCCAUGUUACAGUAGGGAAGAGAACAGAGGAUGGAAAGUCUCUGUGCUUCACUGUUCCAGGUCAUGACCUCCAGGAGACCGUCUCUGUCACAGCGUAUUGCCACACAGAGGGCAGAUCCAAGCCCUGUGGAGGCAGGGCCUCCCUAAAGUACGUCUGUGAUUCGCCACAGGAAGUGGCCGAGUACCUGCUAGCCAAUAGCGACUGUCUGAGUCCCCAGAGCCACCUGGAGGUCCUGAGGAGGGUUUCAGGAGCUCCAGGGGAGGGGAACAGGGAUGGUGACAGGAGUUCUGGCCCAGGAGAGGAGCACUAUCUGGAGAAGACAGACCAGGAGGAGGGGUGUGGGGUUGGGAGACCCAGACCUGAUCCAGAGGUGGUGUGUCGUCUCAGGGAGAUGGAUGAGAGGAUAACCCAGGCCAUGGCCAACCUGGACUACCCUCCGGAGUGGAGCGGCAAGGCCAGCCAACCUAGAGAAGAACACCAGCCCAGGGACACUCUCCUCCACCUCUCCGUGCGUCUUGGUCUGCUCCGUCUCUCCCACUUCCUGAUUGGCCAGCCCAGGGGUCAGAGGGCACUGACCCUGUCAAAUGAGGAGGGGAACACACCACUCCAGCUGGCUCAGAACAGAGGAGAUCACAUCCUCUUUAUGGCGCUUGCCACCCCCCCUAUCCCACAGAGGUCUCCCCCUGUCGGGGUGUGCUGUGUGUGGGCAGAUAGGACUUGUGUGCUAAGGGUAUGUCCUGGGUCUGGCUCCCUCACCCUCACCUUCCUGGGGGGCCCUGAGACCAGUGUUCUGGACAACAUCCUGGUUCUCCGAGAGAAACUGACAGACCACAAUAUCCUCAGACAGAUCUCAGCACUGAGAGGUGAUGUUGAUGUUCAGAUGGAGGACAGUGAUGUCCAUACAAGUGAUACCAGUGACCGAGGUCUGGGCACAGGGCUGCCAGUAGAAGACCUUACACUGGUGGUUAAUGUUUUUGAAGAGCAGCUUGUUCUCUCUCUGGAUGAUGAUGAGGAACUUCCAACAUUACAAACAGUGAAGUCCCAGACGGCCCACCCCAGAGGAACCCAGAGACAGUUCUCUCACUCUGCUGCUGCAGACAAAUCAGCCUCCAUGAUCAAUGGCAGGAGUCAGCUCUCCACAGAGGUGGAUGACCUCAAGGCUAAGGUCAGUGUUGCCGGGGUAACACUGACUGACAGCAGCGUGUGGAACACAGUGGACUCAGAGGUCCUCCUCCUACAGGCCACCGACACUCCUCCACCCCUACCUUCCUUUGGACUAGAGGAACAACAGUCCCCCUUCGUCUCUCCUUCUCCCUUGCCCUCCCUCGCUGACCGAGCCCUCGCCCGACUCAACAGCCACUCCCACUCAUACCUAACCAAUCAGAGAGGGAGCCCACCUCUGGAGUCACCUAACCUCAGCCCCGGUCUGGUAGCUCUAGUGAUUGACAGUGAGGAGGAGGGGGUUCUUGUGAAGUCUCCCCUCUCUCCCCUCUCUCCCCUGAUCUUUGACCCUUGUAACAGCGGGGACGACAUCUCCCCAGACCUCACCUGCACACGCACACACUCUGCCUCCUCAGCCGGCGACCCCACCCCCACAAAGGAUAUGGGCGACCAGAGGAUCAGACACCGCUCCUACUCCUACUCCUCCCCCAAGAUCAGCCUGCUGCCCUCCCGCUUCUCCCGUGACACCUCAGCCCAGCCUGCGACAUCUAACCUCAGCCCAGAACAGAGAGAGUUCAGCCUAUCAAAGCAGCCUCAAGAAAAAAGAAUUGAAGAAGAGGAGUGGGACAAGUACAACAUCCCUUCCAAGGUGGAAUCAGAGAAAUACAAAGUGAUUCGUACCUUCAGCUUCCUCAAGAGCAGGAUUUCGAACACAUGCAACAAGAACAAGGGGAAGGAGGGGAAAGACAAGGACAAACAGCAGAAUGGACAUCGCUUCUCCACGGGGUCCUGUGCUGGACCCACCGUCUGUCUGGUCUGUGACAAACCUGCUAGUGGCAAGGACCUUCUGCAAUGCUCCAGUUGUACAGUCAUGGUCCAUAAGGGUUGUAUUGACUUUGCUCCUCCGUGUAUAAAGAAACUUGUGAAGAACCGAACGGCAUCCCUCCCGCAGAACUUCACAGUGCGAGACAGUCCCUCUUCAUGUCUGAUCGCCACCUCAGCCUCUCUACCUAUGAUGAGCCAGAGGGACAGGAGGGAAACAGCCUCCCUCCCCAACCCCCUCUCCAGGAGCGUCCCCUCUGCCACUGACAGCAGGCUUAGCGAGAGUCCGGAAGCGGUGUCUGACAGCAGAUGGGGUUCUGGCCAAUCAGAGGAUCUCCUGCAGACCACAGAGUCGUCCUCCUCCACUGACUCCUCCCUCGGAGAAGACUGUGUGGACACCGGUCUCCACAGCGACCUGGCUGCUGAUGCUCUGGACUACGAGGCUGAGUCUUGGAGUCUGACGGUGGAACACAAGUUUUGUAAGAAGCAGGACAAACGGGUGGUUAAGAGACAGGACGUCAUCUAUGAAUUGAUGCAGACAGAGAUGCACCACCUCCAGACUCUGUGCAUCAUGGCUGAGGUCUUCCGGCGAGGGAUGAGGGAGCAGGUCCAGUUGGACGCAGGCGCGGUGGGGCGUGUCUUCCCCUGUUUGGACGAACUCCUCCUCCUCCACCACGACCUCUUCAACUCCAUGAGGGAACGCCGCCACAGCUCCGCCCAGCCAUACGGGGACAGGAACUACGUCAUAGAACACAUCGGAGAUGUUCUACUGCAACAGUUUUCUGAAGAGAACGCAGAGAGGAUGAAACAGGUGUAUGGAGACUUCUGCAGCCAUCACUCUGAGGCAGUCACCUUCUUCAAAGAGCUACAGCAGCAAAACAAACGAUUUCAGACCUUCAUCAAGCAACAAAGUAAUAACUAUUUGGUGCGGAGGAGAGAGAUCCCAGAAUGCAUGUUGUUGGUGACCCAGAGGAUCACUAAGUACCCUGUUCUGUUGGAGAGGAUUCUACAGUACACCCAGGAGGACAGUGAGGAGCACAGGGACCUCUCCAGAGCUCUGGUUUUGAUCAAGGAGGUGAUCGCGGCUGUAGACCUGAGGGUCAGUGAGUUUGAGCAGGGUCAGAGGUUACAGGACGUCCUAAACAGGAUGGACAACCGUAGUGCUGCCAAGCUGAAGAACGGACACAACUUUAGGAAGCAGGAUGUUCUGGUGCCAGGCCGGACCCUCAAACACCAGGGCCUGUUACUGUGGAAGACCGCCACUGGACGACUCAAAGAUGUCCUGGCUCUCCUUCUCACAGACACACUGAUCUUCCUACAGGCGAAAGACCAGAAGUUCAUAUUCGCUGCUGUGGACCAGAAGCCCCCAGUGAUCUCUCUGCAGAAGCUGAUUGUCAGGGAGGUAGCCAAUGAGGAGAGAGGGAUGUUUCUUAUCAGCGCGUCGGCCGCGGGUCCAGAAAUGUAUGAGGUCCACACCUCCUCGAAAGAUGAACGCAACAGCUGGAUGAGACACAUCAGAGAGGCUGUGGAGAGCUGUCCAGAGGAUGAGGAGGAGAACACUAGCGAAUUGGAGGAGGAGAGAAGAACAUCUGAAGCCAGAGCCCAGAAGAUACAAAAACUACAGGAGAGUCUGAGCAGUCAGGACCAUCAGAUCUGUUCUAGUCUGGAGGAGAAGCUACAGAUCUAUGCUGAACUGUCUGCCCUGAGGGGCGGCACCCAGAAACCACACCCUGAGCCACACCUACUGAUCCAGCCACACCCAGAGGAGGUGCCCCAGGCUGCAGUACUGGUCACUGCCGCACUCAAAGAGGCUGAGAACCUGAGGACCACUCUGUCCUCCAGGACCUGUUCUCCCUCCAGCCUCUGCAGCCCUCACAGGGACCUCCUGUCCCACCCUGUGUCCCCAGCCAACCCUUCUACACCCCUGGAGACUCCCACAGAUGGGGACCCUGAUACCAGGGACGGGGAGUGGUCAGCCUCCCAGGCCCUCGUACUGCAGUCCCUGACUCAACCCCACACUAGGGACACUAAUAAUAUCAACCUUAAGGUGGCUCAGAGUGUCCAGAGCUUGACCCAGUUACUUUACAGUCUGCAGGCGGCGGUAACCAUCCAAGACAGUUUAUACGAGGUACAGAAGCUCCUCCUCCAUGAGAGUGACCACCCCGCCCCCUGCCUGCCGAGACCAUCCCCCCCGUGUCUCCAGGAGCAGGAGAAGCAUCGUAACCAGGAGAAGCGCCGUGAGGAGGUGGCAGCGGCGGUGCGGUUACAGGGUCGGCUGCGCCAGGAGAGGAAGCGGUGGGAGAGGGAGUGCCAGGUGCGCCACAGCCAACAGGAGGAGCUGGAGAGCAGGCUAGAGGAGAGGGAGAGACAGUGCCACCUGGAGGCUGAGAGGCUGAAGCGGGAGUGGGAAGAGCUGGAAGAGAAGCUGGGGGAGUACCAGCAGAGCCUGGAGAGGCUGAGGGAGGGCCAGAGAAGCGUGGGGAAGGAGAGGGAGAAGCUGGAGACCCAGCAGAAGCUGCUGCAGAGCUGGAGACACAGCCGACAGAGGAGCCUGCCUGUCAUGGUCAUACCGCUGGACGGACAUCAGGACUCACUUCCUGGUCAGUCCGGCGUCCAUCUUGACAACGCGGGCUCAGUGUUUGUCAACGAGGCAUCGUUCACCACGUCGAAGGUGCUCAACAACCGCCACGUACACCACCACCUGCAGCAGCACCAGAGAGACGACCCUCGAGCCCACAACAGCCUGAACACCCUACUGGCCUGCUCCAGCCAGAGACACACGCUCCAACCCCUCUCCCUCUCCAAGACCCCCACGCGCCACCCUGGCACAAACACACCUCAGGGCUGGGCGGGGGGUGCCGGUGUCACUGGUUACCUCUGUACAACCUCAGGUGGACAGGGGACAGAGCACACACCCAACGAUAUAAACACACACAUCUAUGUGAGAGAGACGUGGUCGUCGACGGCAACUGUGGCCGGACAGUAUCAGGGUGUACCUCACCAUGGCGACCCCCAACUGGACCUCUCCUCCUUGGUCCCCCUGGAGACGGAGAGUGGGGAUGGGGAGAAGGUGGGAGAGGAGAACAUUGUGUACCUCUGAGGCUGGACAGACAGACAGUAAAACCCUCUGGUUCAAAUCCAGGACUCAAAAGACUUGAUAUGAAUUUAGGAAGGCUCAGAAUCUCAGACUGGAUUGACUUUAUGAUGGCUCAGACUGGACAGGAAAUAGCUAGGCCUACUGUAUAUCAACCAGGUUGAAAGAAGAACCAGAUCUGGCACAGAUACAGUAAUCUCCCGUCCCCAUCAUGCUUUGCCUCUCUGCCCCCCGUGUUCUGUGCCGGGUGCCCUCCAUAUGUGUCUCCAAGUGUUACUGCUAAAUGUUUAUAUUUGUCCAUGAAUGUACAGUGUGUGUGUAACUUCGUCCUCUGUGUGUGUGUGUGUGUGUGUGUGUGUGUGUAUCCGUCUCUGUUGAGAGUUCAGCUUCAGGGCUGCCACCGGGCCUUUGUGCCUGAGGCCCUCCAUUGACAUAAUCAAUUUCUCUGUUUCCCCCGCCCAACCCUGCUGCAGUGCAUUCCCCCUCUUUCCUUCCCCCUGUAUCAGUCUCCAUAUCUUUGUUUCCCUGGCCCACACUGCCCUAAAUCUGCUUCAGUCUACCUCUCUCUGUCCCACCCUUGUCCUUUAGUCCCCAUCUCUCCAGCACUAUUUAUCUCCCCAAAUGAAAUGCUGAGUGCAGUCUACUCUGUUACCACAGGGGAAAAAGAGAGAGCAGAGGGUCUGAAAUCACUACAAAGGCUGAAUCUCUCCAGUGGCUGAUUGUCUGGUGAGGGAAUGAACUGCUGCUCGCACAUUCAUCAGACAAGCUCUGUUUACAUGGCGAGCAGGACGCGGCAAACACAUUAGAUGUGAAGGAUGAGGUGAAAUGCCAUGGUCAGAAGGGAUUUGGUCCCGUGUUUCUCAGACUUUCUGACUCUGGCCACGCCUGGCCAGUAUCAUUUGUUUUUAUCUGAAGGACCUGUGGUUUUAGGAAUGAUGUUGUGACCGUAGCGAUCUAUCAGUGAUACAGUAGAGUACACUGUGCUACUACCGCCUAUAUGAAGUACAGAUUUUAUUAGGCUCAACUGCAUAUAGUGGUCAAAAACCAUAGGGCAGAAACAUUCCUGAACUGUAUGUUCAUUGAACUUUGAAGUAUUACAUCUGGGACCGAGUGCACUCUAUAUGUAAACAAUACUUUGGAUGUGAAUGAUUCCAAAUAUGUCCAAAUUUGUUCUGUAUGAUUAUUUUUUUACAUCGUUUUCAUCAUGGCACAUAUUCCAUAGCACAUUAUUUCUUAUAGUUGGUGUUCAGUCAUUUUAGGAUUUUGUCUGACAUAUAGUUACUAUAUUAGCUAAGUUUACAUGUCAAUAGUUGUUGGGUAGUCAGCCUGGUAUCAGUUUAUAUGGAUCACAUCUUUUAGCAAAAUCAUCACAAUAUGAUUCGUAGCAAUGAUAUCGUAAUGGGGUAGUAGGCUAUGGCUGAAGGAUGACUGAUCUAAUCUUCUAAGCACUUAAGAGGUGACCUUGCUUUUUACUCAGAGCUGUACCAUUGCACUUGAAUAGUCAUGUUCUACUUUACUACCAAUAUAUGUUCUUUAAUGACCAUUGGCGUGUCCUGAAAGUCCAGGCUUUAGCUGUCCUUAAAAACAAAAAUAAAACAGUAGACCCAAAGGACAUUGUAGGGUGUGUCCUAAAUGGUAAGCUAUUCCCUAUAUAGUGCACUAAGUUUGGCCGUGGCUCAUGGGGUCUCUGGUCAAAAGUAGUGCAAAGUGUAGAGAAUAGGGUGUUAUUUGGAAGUCAGCCAUAGUAUCGAGUUAUACACUCGAUAGGGUAUUGGAAUAAGAAGUCGCUUCAUCUAAGUACAUAUAAAACAGCACAAUGGUUAUGUUCAAAUGUUGUUGUCAAUACUAUGUGAUACUAUGUACUAUACUAUACUAUAUCUAUGAUUACUUUAUGUGUAUAUUUCACUGCCUUCAUUUAUUUAUAGUAGAUGAGCUUUAUAUCGUUGUUUUACAGUACUCCUUGUUGGGUUAUGUUGUUAUGUUGUAAAUAGGAUUUGUCUGUAAUGCAUCAUAACACUGACAUGGUUAUUGUAUCUUGUUUACAUCAUUUCUCUGUAUUAGAUAUCUAG